CUCGUAAGGUACUAGAUACUACUAGUCCUAGUACAGGCUACACAACUACACCUUUUCAAUCGCUUGGCGACGCCCAAAUUCCAAAUCUCACACCCUUCUCCUCACAUCGUUGCCCGGCGCAAGCAUGGCCGAUUCUGAUGAAGAGUAUGUAGGAGAAAUCUCUGAGGAUGAGGAUAAUAGCAACAUCCCUCGAGGAUCACGCGGAGGAGCUGCGCCUAGCUCCCGAUCCAAGAGGAGAAAACACCGCGGAGGCGCAGAAUGGGAAGUUUCGAGGACGUGGGAAACCUUGGUUGAAGGCGCCGACGGUACAAUUAGCUCUACAGUUGAAGGACUUCUUGAGGCUGGAAAAAGGAAAAGGCUUCUGAAAGACACGACGCCUUUGCAACGGGGUAUAAUCCGUCACCUCAUUCUGGUUCUGGAUCUAUCGCAAUCAAUGACGGAGAAAGAUCUCCGGCCGACGCGGUACCUGCUGGCCCUGCGCUAUGCACAAGAGUUUGUGAGGGAGUUUUUCGAGCAAAAUCCCAUCUCUCAAAUUGGCGUCCUUGGGUUGAGGGAUGGUCUUGCAGUAAGAGUCAGUGACAUGAGUGGAAACCCUACUGAGCAUAUCAGUGCAAUUCAAGCUUUGCGAGACCAGGAUCCAAAAGGUCUUCCCAGUUUGCAGAAUGGCCUUGAAAUGGCUCGUGGUGCUCUGUUCCAUACUCCAAGCCAUGGCACCCGGGAGAUUUUUGUUAUUUUUGGCUCUCUUCUUUCCUCUGACCCCGGUGAUAUCCACCAAACAACAACUACGCUAAUCAACGAUAAGAUACGUGUUGGAAUUGUGGGCCUUGCCGCUCAAGUAGCUAUCUGUCGGGAACUUUGUGCCAAAACCAAUGGUGGUGAUGAUAGCACAUAUGGCGUGGCACUUAAUGAGCAGCAUUUCCGAGAACUGGUGAUGAGUGUAACAACACCUCCAGCUGCGUACUCCCAGAAGCAUUCGGCAAGCUCUCUCUUAAUGAUGGGCUUCCCAUCCCGCACUGUUGAAGCUUACCCUUCUUUUUGUGCAUGUCACUCUAAACCUUCUCGUGGGGGCUAUUUAUGCUCACGGUGUAAUAGCAAGGUUUGUGGUCUUCCUGCAGAGUGUCCUUCCUGCGGCCUUACUCUGAUACUCUCAACACACCUGGCCCGGUCUUAUCAUCAUUUAUUUCCUCUAAUGAACUGGGUGGAGGUCUCGUGGCAGCGCGCCUCAUGCAGCUCUAUUUGCUUUGCUUGUGGUAUUCCUUUCCCUCCGGUACCUCCCAGAGAACAAUGGCAGACUACAGAGGGGCAGGUAAAAAGCAUGAGUAUAAGCAGCCGCUAUGAAUGUACUGUGUGCAAAAAUCACUUUUGCAUUGAUUGUGAUCUCUUUGCUCAUGAAGUUGUGCACAACUGUCCUGGCUGUCAGAGCAAGGUCACAAUUCCGAUUCCGGCGAAGCCCGAGCCUACUCAGAUUCCAAAGGUUUUAGAUAAGAUGGAUAUCUCUGCAUAA